AUGACGUAUGCCAGUAUAAAGACAGUAAACUGCUUACACGGUCCAGUCGACAUGAAGUCAUUGGUCUUAUGCUUGUUGGCGGUAGCCUGUCACGGCUCGACUGUGAAGCAGCAGCGUCGGUUCCCUGAUGACUUCCUCUUUGGUGCUGCUACGUCCGCCUACCAGAUCGAGGGCGCCUGGAAUGAAGAUGGUAAGGGUGAAAACAUUUGGGAUAGGUUAGUGCAUACUAAUCCCACAGUCAUUCAAGAUUUGACCACUGGUGACGUCGCUGCUGACUCCUACCACAACUACAAGCGUGAUGUCGAGAUGAUGAGAGAGUUAGGCCUGAACGCCUACAGGUUCUCCAUCUCCUGGGCUCGUAUCCUUCCUACAGGAAUGGCCAAUGAGAUAAACCCUGCCGGCGUCGCCUACUACAACAACCUUAUCAAUGAGAUGGUGAAGUACAACAUCACUCCAAUGGUCACUCUCUACCACUGGGAUCUUCCCCAAAAACUGCAAGACUUGGGUGGAUUAAUAAACCCCUUGUUUACUGAAUGGUAUGAAGACUACGCAAGGGUGGUCUUCGAAAACUUCGGAGACAGAGUUAAAUUGUUCAUUACAUUUAACGAGCCUAGUCAAAUCUGUUUUGAAGGAUUUGAAUAUAUGAACAAAGCUCCUCUCCUAAAUACAUUUGGUGUUGGUGUUUACUUGUGUGCUAAGCAUUUGGUUUUAGCGCACGCAAGAGCGUAUCAUUUGUAUAACACUGAGUUUAAGCCAACCCAGGGAGGUCAGUGUGGGAUUACUAUCAGCGUGAACUGGUUUGAAGCAGAUACUGACUCUGCUGAAGAUUUGAUGGCUGCUGAGCUUAUGAGGCAAUCCCAGUGGGGGAUUUACGCCGAUCCCAUAUUCUCGGCUGAAGGUGGCCUUCCAAGGGAACUUUUGGAUAGAGUAGCUGAAAAAAGCGCACAACAAGGAUUUCCUCGCACCCGCCUGUCAGAUUUCAAUGAAGAAGAAAAAGCUUUUAUUAAAGGAGCAGCAGAUUUCUUUGGUGUCAAUCAUUAUACGACUGUAAAGGUUUCGGCGACAGAACAUAAGCAGGUCUACUCAGUGCCAUCUAUGCUGGAUGAUGUAAACGUUGGCUUCUACUGGCCUGAGGAAAAUCCUAAAUCGGCUUCUCCUUGGCUAAGUAUGGCCCCCAAUAGCAUCUACCACGCUUUAACCCAUUUGAAGGAGAAAUACAACAAUCCAAAGAUCUACAUCACAGAGAAUGGGUGGGCGACAUACCGUAACAGUAGUCUGAUUGAUAAUGACAGAAUCACAUACUACAGAGCUGCGUGGGAGAGCAUGCUAAAUACUCUGGAUGCGGGAGUCAACCUCAAGGGCUACAUGGUGUGGAGUCUGUUGGAUAACAUGGAAUGGCUGGAAGGUUAUAUACCGUGUCUCGGCUUAUACCAAGUGGACUACCAAGAUCCAGCUCGCACACGCGUCGCUAGGAAGUCAGCGCUUGUCUACAAGCAUCUCAUCAAGAAUCGCUAUAUCGAUUAUGAAUAUGAACCUGGAAAUUUAACCAUGACCAUUGAUGAUGGAUUUUAA